AUGGAGUUUGGGGACUCUGCACACUCCGGCGACCUCCAAAGAGCUCGCGGGAAGAUCAUCGCUCGCAAAGAUAGAUUUGAGCGCGAAAGGAAGGCGCUCCAGUUUGUCCAAAGGCACACAGGUGUUCGGAAGAAGGAGCCACUCCGAGGUGAAUUGUUGCAGUUGCGCAGUAGCUUCUGGAAGACUGAAAAGAUCAGGCGAUGGGUGGAGCUUGAUGAGCACACUGAAAUUCUGGUGAUUUGGACACAGAAGCCUCCACCAUCGCUGGUCUACAAGAUUGAGGAGCUUCAACCAAAGGCAACUUGGCCAUGCGGAAAGGUCAACGCAGACAAAGCCAUACCCCUCAGCGUCUAUGAGAUGCAGGACCUGAGGGAUGUGGAUGCAAGCAAGCCGUACUUGAGCAUCUUCGCCUACUUCCGAAAGAGAGGCCUCAUUCUGGUAGCAGAAACUGAGGAGGACUUCGAGACGUGGCUCAACGCCUUGGGCCAAUUCGUGGGAGUAAGCAGCACCAACUUCAAAUGGAAUCGAGGACUCGAUCGCGAGUGA